AAUAUCCUUUCAAGACAAGUUUUUAAUGAAUUAGUUGAAAAAAAAUCGCUUGCAAGACGUAAAAUUUUUAUUUACUCCGAUUACGAACUUAUUAUUGCGGCACUACAUGAGCCUAUUAAUACAAAGUUGGGAACUCCAGAAGGUCGAUAUUGGAUUAAAAUUCUUUCAGCUACGAGA